ACAAAUGAAGAAAUUAUUGGACUAGAAAAAGCUCAAAACUUUAUUCUUGGUACCAAUCUGAACUUUUCGCCAGUUUCUUGUACCCAUAUUAUAUUAUAUUUUAUUUAUAGGUUCCCAAGGAGAACCAGGAGCCCAAUAAAUCCAAAACAGACUCCGGAUUUUUAUUCACAGUUGAAUUUGGUGUCCCAGACCCAAACGACAAGUCCCGCCUCUUGACAUGGUUUGUUGCUGCUGUUGAUCGGCUUAAUUUCAAUUCAACUGUUGACGACCAAUAGUUUUGAAUAGAUAUGGUGCUGGUUUUAGCAAUAGGAGACCUUCACAUACCUCAUAGAGCAGCUGAUCUGCCUCCAAAGUUCAAGUCCAUGCUUGUUCCUGGCAAGAUUCAACACAUUAUUUGCACUGGCAAUCUCUGCAUUAAAGAAGUACAUGAUUAUUUGAAGAGUCUUUGUCCUGAUUUGCAUAUUACUCGUGGUGAAUAUGAUGAAGGUUCACGGUAUCCAGAGACUAAAACACUCACCAUUGGCCAAUUUAAGCUUGGAAUAUGCCAUGGUCAUCAGGUAAUUCCAUGGGGUGAUUUGGAUUCACUGGCAAUGUUACAGAGACAACUGGAUGUUGACAUCCUAGUAACUGGUCACACCCAUCAGUUCAAAGCCUACAAGCAUGAGGGAGGUGUUGUUAUAAAUCCAGGCUCUGCCACUGGUGCCUACAGUAGCGUCACUUACGACACAAAUCCAAGCUUUGUUCUCAUGGACAUCGAUGGCCUGCGUGUAGUGGUUUACGUUUAUGAACUAAUCGAUGGUGAAGUAAAGGUUGAUAAAAUUGAUUUCAAGAAGACAGCCAAUACUCGCUCAUCACAUUGACCAUAUGUUCUAUAUCGUUACUAUAGUUCCUUAAAAAUUUGUUUGGUUUAGGGGCCUUGUAUGACUAAAGACAGAGGUAGAAGCGUUGUUAUUAUAUUGCUAGUUCUUAACAGGAUAUAGAUAUCUAACUGAAUGAAUAAAAUAUGUUUCUGCUAUAAAACUUGUGAUAUGUUUUUAUG